AUGGACACUGCAUUCCGCAAGAUCGACAUCGAUAUUUAUGAUGAGGACGUUCUGCAAGAAUCAGAACUUUACGAGCCAUUUCCUCAGGAUGCUGCACAGGCAUUAGACGAAGCAAAGCAACGACAAUCCGCAGUGCGGAGUGCCCUGGCUAAAGGAGACGUCCCAGGUGCUCUUAGCAUCGCGCUGGAGAACGCGCCCUACGGGCCUAAUGUCGAAGACGCAAAGGUUUUGACGCUACAGACAAUCCUCACCAUACUUAACAGCACCAAGUCCACGGAGGUGUCCUCAGUCAUCAAAGCUCUCUCCCAAGACUCGCAGGAUGCUCUCAUGAAGUACCUUUACAAGGGCAUGGCUAUGCCAGGCUGGGGUGAUAUCAGCGGCAGUGUCCUGCUAGGGUGGCACGAGAAGUUGACUGAGAUCGCUGGCGUCGGGUCCAUCGUGCGCACGAUGACCGAUCGCCGUAGAGUUUGA